CGGAGCUUGGAGCUCGGCUGAGGCGAGCGGGGCCGGAGCGGCGCGACGCGAGGGGCGAGCGGCGAACCCGGCGCGGAGCCCGGCAGCGGCAGCGGCGCCAUGGAAGAGGACGACAGCUACGUUCCCAGUGACCUGACUGCAGAGGAGCGUCAGGAGCUGGAGAACAUUCGGCGGAGGAAGCAGGAGCUGCUGGCUGACAUUCAGAGGCUGAAGGAUGAGAUAGCAGAAGUGGCUAAUGAAAUUGAAAACCUGGGGUCCACAGAGGAAAGGAAGAACAUGCAGAGGAACAAGCAGGUAGCCAUGGGCAGGAAGAAGUUCAACAUGGACCCUAAGAAGGGCAUCCAGUUCCUCCUGGAGAACGACCUACUGAAGAACACCUGUGAGGAUAUCGCCCAGUUCCUGUACAAGGGCGAGGGCCUCAACAAGACGGCCAUCGGCGACUACCUGGGGGAGAGAGACGAGUUUAAUAUCCAGGUUCUUCAUGCGUUUGUGGGCCUCCAUGAGUUCACCGACCUUAACCUUGUCCAGGCACUACGGCAGUUCCUGUGGAGCUUCCGACUGCCCGGGGAGGCGCAAAAGAUCGACCGGAUGAUGGAGGCAUUCGCCCAGCGGUACUGCCAGUGCAACCCCGGGGUCUUCCAGUCCACAGACACGUGCUAUGUGCUCUCGUUCGCCAUCAUCAUGCUGAACACCAGCCUGCACAACCCCAACGUCAAGGACAAGCCCACCGUGGAGAGGUUCAUCGCCAUGAACCGGGGCAUCAACGACGGCGGCGACCUGCCCGAGGAGCUGCUCCGGAAUCUCUACGAGAGCAUAAAAAACGAGCCCUUCAAAAUCCCCGAAGACGACGGGAACGACCUCACUCACACUUUCUUCAACCCAGACCGCGAGGGCUGGCUGCUGAAGCUCGGAGGUGGCAGGGUAAAGACGUGGAAGAGGCGCUGGUUCAUCCUCACUGACAACUGCCUGUAUUACUUCGAAUACACAACGGACAAGGAGCCCCGGGGAAUCAUCCCUUUAGAGAAUCUGAGCAUCCGGGAGGUGGAGGACUCCAAAAAGCCAAACUGCUUUGAGCUGUACAUCCCGGACAACAAGGACCAGGUCAUCAAGGCCUGCAAGACGGAGGCCGACGGGCGCGUGGUGGAGGGGAACCACACCGUGUACCGGAUCUCCGCCCCGACGCCCGAGGAGAAGGACGAGUGGAUCAAGUGUAUCAGGGCGGCCAUCAGCAGGGACCCUUUCUACGAGAUGCUGGCUGCGCGGAAGAAGAAGGUGUCCUCCACAAAGAGACACUGAGCUGCAUGCAGAGCGGACGGGGGUCCCUCCCCAGCACGCGCACCUGCCGGGCCCUGCCCUGGGUUCCUAGGCACCCACUUCUGCUUCUGCCGUGUUUUUAGUGGGAGACAGGCAGGCGGCGCCUUCUCUCUGCACGGACAGUGCAGGUCGCAGAGCGGCCCUGCAGGUCUGCGCCGGGCGCCGGUGGCCCCGCUGGGGUCACGGCGCAGCACUCGCUUGCUGCUUCCCUGGGAGGAAGUAGCAGCCUCGCCCCAGAAGUCCCUGGAUCUCCACAGCGUCCCAGGCUGCAAGGACGCAAUGGGAGAGAAGCCACAUCCUCGAAAGAUACAUAUAUUUUUUUUUUUAUAAAAAGAGAAACCGAGCAGCGCUGUC